AUGGAUGCAUCGGCAAGGACACUUACCGCCUCGCUCAUCCUCAUCACGACCGCAGCCCUGCUCGCGCGCUCAUUCUCUCCUUCCUCCUCUUCGUCUUCGGACGGAAACCCAACCACCGCCACUCGAACAAAGACCCAACGUGUCAAACGCAACAACAAAAGGUGGAAUCAGUCGAGCAUCGAUGAACCUCAAUAUGUCGCAGGACUGGUUAACGUCGGCAACACCUGCUUCAUGAACGCUGUUCUUCAGGCCCUGGCCUCAUUGCCGUCGCUGAAAGAGUAUCUUCAGGAUCGGAACGACAUUGGCCACGACCCGGACUCCAUCACGCAGGCUCUCUACGAAACAAUUGAGAUGAUGGCUUCGUCACUAUCGUCAUCUACAGUUUUCACACUGGCGAGUCGGAAUAACCAACAACUCCAGGGAUCGCCAUCAGCAACCACUCCAACCAUUAGAGUCGAGAUUGAGCCACAGGAGAGGGUUAGCAACAAUGGCGAUGAUGGAAGGGAAGCAGAUAUCUCGGCGUUGAUGACUGCAAGCGUAAUGCUGGAUAGGACUGAGCAGGAGAAAUACAGGCGGGCUAAAAGUCCGUUUAUGGGUCUCCUUGCUAGCCGUGUCUCCUUGGAGUACUGCCUGGAUUCGUUUAUUCACCUGGAUACAAUCAGCGAUUUCAACUGCAGGAAAUGUACACUCCUUGGAGCGAGCAAGGAUUUAGGACGCAAGAUCGAGCAGGGCAAAAGGCUUCAAAGACAGCGAGAAGAGAAGGAGCAGGGACAGCAUCAAACGGACUCGGCCACGACGACAAUACUCCCACUGGAGGGCCAACAGCAAGGCAAUUGUGUCGAAGACUCGGUGGCGGAGGCCGAGCAAGUAUCAACACAAACUCCUAGUCCAGCCAAACGACGAAGAUCGUCAAGGUUGCUGAGCUCUCUUGACGAGCCUUCAUCCGAAGACAAGGAGACGAGCUCUAAGCCUGGGAAGAUUAGUAUGGUAGAGAUGGAGCAGCUGAAAGCGAGAGUAGACUACUGCCUUGCCAGUGAUAUCGAAAUGGAUUUGACACCGAUAGAGUUGACACCAGUUCGGUCGAAAAGCACAACAAAGCACUCGAUGAUCGCCAAACCUCCACAAGCAUUGUGUCUGCACCUCAAUCGAUCGAUGUUCACGUCUUCGGGACAGAUGGCCAAGAACCCCUGCAAGGUCGUGUUUGAAUCGCAGCUGGAUUUCACUCGGUUUACGACUUCGGGACAUUUGACGACCGUGCCGACCAAGAGUAUGUCGCGGAGAGGAUCGCUCUCGGAGGCUGUUUCGAGCAGCAAGUCGACGUUGUCAAUCAACGGACGAAUUCCUCUGUCAAUCUCGGGAGGUUUCUCUGGAACAUUUUCAUCUGCAUCGAUGCUGCCAACAUCGUCUUUGUCAUCAUCACCAAUGGCUUUGCCGAGUCAUGUACCGAGGACAGCUGGUUCCACGGCCUCCAACUUGAUAGGAGGGGAUGGUGGUGAAGAAGAUGAGGAUGGAGAACGGGUGGUGUAUCGGCUUUGGUCGGUUGUUGUUCAUCUGGGGAGUCACAACUCUGGCCACUUUGUCACCUAUCGGAGGAUUCCCAGCUCUAACGGCGAGCAGCCAAGCAAGGAUGCCAGUAAUGAUGGCAAGUGGUGGAGGAUCUCGGACGAGGAUGUGCAGAUUGUCGAGUGGACGUUGGUCAAGAAUGCAGAGGCGUACAUGUUAUACUACGAGAAGGAAUCAUGA